CGAGAAUCUGAAGAAUCUCACACAUACCAGUGCUACUUACUACAUGGCGGGGAAUCUGGCAGCCUUCACCAGAACUCGAGCACGUACCCUUUCUUAGAGAUAAACAAGGUUCUGCAGGUUUUCCAGCAUGAGCUCCUCCGGAGGAACCGAUUCCCCGCACCGACGUCGGAAGGUCUUUUGGGACGGGGUCGAUGCCUCCAUUGCGGGGAUGCUGCAGACGGACAAUGCCGAAGUUCUGUCCAUCGUCGAUACCGCAGAGAUCAUGAAUUAUCUUCCCGAUUUCAAGGGGCUGAACGUGCUCGAUCUCGGUGCUGGUAUUGGACGUUUCACCACCGAACUGGCCAAAGUGGCCCACCACGUAACAGCUGUUGACAUCAGCCAGAGUUUCAUCGAACAAAACCAAAAGAACAAUAAGCAUUUCACUAACAUUACCUACAUCUGUAAGGACGUCGUCCAACUUGAUUUCCCACCCGGUUCCUUCAACCUCGUCUUCAGCAGUUGGAUCUUGAAGUACCUGACUGACGAAGAAGUCUCCCAAUUCCUCUCGCGGAUUCUGUCAUGGCUGACGCCUGGGGGCCACUUUUUCUUUCGAGAAUCUUGCUUCCGUGAAGUUGGCACCGUGAACGUGCCUGGGAACCCAACCAUCUUCCGUCCACUGUCACAUUACUGCGAGCUGCUUCGCUGUGCCUCGAUCAGCUUCAAACUUCUGCGUGCCAAAAAUGUACAGUCCUAUUUGCAGUUCCAGAAUGCCCCCAACCAGGUGUGUUUCUUAGUCCAGAGAAAGGACAAUGAAAAAGUGAAUGAGGUUCACGAGAUGCUAGAAGACCGAUAUUCCAUGCACAAUAUCACGAUGAUGGAAAAGAUCUUCGGGUCGCCCUGGAUAUACACAGGACGCGAGGACACGGCCAAGGAAUUGUUCGGGAAUCUGCAGCUACGCCCUGGCCAUCGCGUGCUGGACAUCGGGUGCGGAACAGGCAACUCGGCCUUUUUUAUCACGAGGCAAUACAGGGCUCAGGUUCACGGGGUCGACCUCUCAGUCGCUGCCAUUGAUCUGGCCAUCGAGAGGCAGAUGGCGCUUGAUAACGACCUCAGAAGAAGGGUCAACUUCGAAAUUGGAGAUAUUCUGGAUAUGAAUUACGAGGAAGGAUUCUUCGAUAUCAUCUACAGCAGGGAAUGCUUCGUGUAUAUUACAAACAAACCACUUCUCUUCAGUAAAAUCUACAAAUGGCUGAGACCUGGUGGAACCGUUUUCUUCACCGAUUUCUUGAAAGGAACCUCCCCACCUUCAUCACCUUUUCUGGAUUAUCUCGAAAAUAUUAAACCUUGCUUUCCAAUGACGUUCGAUUCGUACAAACAAGCUUUAGAAUCGGAGGGUUUUCAGAACGUGGUGACGCUCGACUCGGGAGAAGAGUGGAUGGGAAUUCUACUAAGCGAUAUGAAAAUCUUCGAGUCCACGAGGGAGAAGUUUGGAUCAGACGUAGCGUUCCACGACCAGAUGUGUGAUAUCACGGCAAAAAAGAUUGAGUGGAUCAGAGAGAAACAGCUAACAAUGGGCAUAUUUAGAGCUACUAAGUGACCUAUGGAAGGACUUGCAGAGAGUACAGAACAUCUGCGAGGAACUCUAACUUCUUACGGAAGUCCAAGCUCAUCCGUCAGCUUCCAUCCCGUCAGGGAGUACCUCCACCAAGGCAGAUGUUCCAUGAUCAAACAAGUCACCCAAGAAUGCAAGGAAGAAGAAGACGGCGACGAAGACGAAGCCAAUAAAAACAAUCCUCCAACAAUCUCUGCUGUUGCGAGUUCCCAGCCCGAAUACCCCAUCGAAUCAUCAGGGAAGAAGCAAGAGAAAGAAGACGCCGUAAAAGAAGUCUGCCUGAGAAAGAACGCUCAAACGGUCAAGUGCAAUCGUAUCGAUAAGACUGUAUCAUUUAUAAUAUAACGGUACGGAUCAAUCGGUAAUGGCGACUAAACAAAUGAGCUGGAACAUAAUCUUGCAAAUAAUAAAACAACUUACGACACACA